UCUAACCUUCCAUCCAUAUCUCUUUAAUCUCCAUAACUCCACGGCCUCAUCAAAGAUCAAGUUCAAUCAAUUCCUGCAAAAAUACUUCAAAUUUCGAAUCUAAGAAUUGCGAGGUAGCUGCAUCUAGAUAAGAUUCGACAUGGCAACUGCAUCAGUGGCAUUCAAAUCCCGAGAGGACCAUAGGAAGCAAUUGGAGUUGGAGGAAGCUCGUAAGGCUGGGCUUGCUCCGGCAGAGGUUGAUGAAGAUGGAAAGGAAAUUAAUCCUCAUAUUCCUCAGUAUAUGUCAUCUGCACCUUGGUAUCUUAAUGCUGAGAGACCUAGUUUGAAACAUCAAAGGAAGUGGAAAUCAGAUCCGAAUUAUUCCAAAUCGUGGUAUGAUAGAGGUGCAAAGGUAUUUCAGGCUGAAAAGUUCAGGAAAGGCGCUUGUGAAAAUUGUGGUGCCAUCACCCAUGAUAAGAAAGCGUGUAUGGAGAGGCCUCGGAAAAUGGGUGCAAAAUGGACCGAUAAAAACAUAGCACCUGAUGAGAAAGUUGAAAGUUUUGAGUUGGAUUAUGAUGGCAAGAGGGAUCGCUGGAACGGUUAUGAUGCUGCCAGUUAUGCAUAUAUCAUUGAGAGAUAUGAAGCAAGAGAUGAAGCUAGAAAGACUUUUUUGAAGGAGAAACAGUUGAAGAAAUUGGAGAAGAAUAAUAAUCAAGAAGGUGAAGGUGGUGAUGGUGAUGCUGAAGAUGCAAGCAGUGAUGAUGAAGACAAUGAAGAUUCUCUAAAGGUUGAUGAAGCCAAGGUUGAUGAAAGCAAGCAGAUGGAUUUUGCUAAGGUUGAGAAGCGUGUGCGUACAACUGGGGGAGGUAGUACGGGAACUGUCAGGAACUUGCGUAUUCGAGAAGAUACAGCAAAAUAUCUUCUCAAUCUUGAUGUGAAUUCUGCCCAUUACGAUCCUAAGACCCGUUCCAUGCGUGAAGAUCCUCUUCCAGAUAUGGAUCCAAACGAGAAAUUCUAUGUUGGGGAUAACCAGAACAGAUUGAGCGGACAAGCUUUGGAAUUCAAGCAGUUGAACAUCCAUGCUUGGGAAGCAUUUGAUAAGGGACACGAUGUCCACAUGCAAGCAGCCCCAUCACAAGCUGAAUUGCUUUUCAAAAAUUAUAAAAUCAAUAAGGAGAAACUGAAAAGCCAAGUGAAGGAGACAAUCAUGGAGAAGUAUGGGAAUGCAGCAUCCGAGGAAUCCCUCCCAAGAGAACUUCUAUUGGGACAGAGUGAAAGAGAAGUUGAAUAUGACCGUGCUGGAAGGAUUGUAAAGGGCCAGGAGAUGGCAAUUCCAAGAAGCAAGUACGACGAAGAUAUUUAUAUUAACAACCAUACAAGUGUUUGGGGUUCUUGGUGGAAGGACUACCAUUGGGGUUAUAAAUGCUGUAAGCAGAUAAUUAGAAACAGUUAUUGCACUGGUGCUGCUGGCAUUGAAGCAGCUGAGGCUGCAGUUGAUCUCAUGAAGGCUAACAUUGCCCGUAAAGAAGCUGCUGAAGAAACUCCUUUAGUAUCUGAGAAUAAGAAGAUGGUCACUUGGGGCACUGAUGUCCCUGAUGAUCUGGUUCUGGAUGAGAAAUUACUAAAGGAAGCACUACUUAAGGAGGAAGAAAGGAAGACGGAAGAGAAAAAUGAGAGGAAGAGGAAAUACAAUGUCAAAUGGAAUGACCAGGUUACGAACGAGGAUAUGGAAGCUUAUCGGAUGAAGAGGCUCCAUCACGAUGACCCGAUGAAGGAUUUCCUAAACUAAAUUUCAGUGUCAUUAAGUGAUGUUUCUUUUUGUUGUCUGUGUUUGAUGUUGGCUUAUGGUUGUUUUUCAACUAUGAAUCUGAAGAAAGAUAGUACUUCUAGAAUAAUUGAAAUAUGACAAGUUUGUAAUUACAUGGUUAUGGUCUCAUUUAUAAACACUUA